AUGGCCACUAGAUCAGAACUUUGCCCUCGGUACCUGGAUUCGGAGACGACAUACCACCUUUUAUUCCAUUGCCCUUUUGCUUCGGUGGUUUGGUCGGGGUGGAAAAAAGGGAAUGACUUAGUUGAUUCCGAGAACACAGACUUUGUGACCUGUUGGAUUAGUUUGGUGGAGAAACUAUCAAAAAUGGAAGGAAGACUAGCGCUAAUCCAGGAGGCAGCAUGGGUCCUUUGGUCAAUAUGGCUAGCCAGGAAUGCGAUGAUUUUCAGAGAUGAAUUCAAAGAUCUUUGGCAGGUUCUCAAUGAAGCAGCGUACUCCUAUCAUGAAUUCCAGCAGGCAACUAAUGUGGAAAGGUUACCUGCUGCUCCUAACCCAGAAGCUCUUCCAAGCUGUUGGCAACCUCCUCCUCCUCUUGCUACCAAAAUAAACUUUGAUGGUGCGUUUAUCGCCGCUAGCAGGACCGGUUCAGGAGCUUGUGUAGCAAGGGACUCUGCAGGCAAGAUUCUGAGCUCCUACGCGUUCUACGUCCAACAUGCUGCCACUCCAUCUUUGAUGGAAGCUCUAGCUUUACGGGCGAGUAUUAAUUUGGCAAUGAGACUAAGGUUGCAGAAUACAAUUUUUGAAGGUGACGCCAAAGGUAUCAUUGAGGCCAUGAAGUAUGGUUCAAAUUUAGAUAGCAAUUGUGAUGUUAUCUUGAAUGAUUGCAGGAAACUGUGUGAGAAUUUGCAAGGUUGUUCCUUUUUUUUUGUUAGAAGAAAUUGUAAUUGGGUGGCACAUAGAGUUGCCAAAAAAGCCCUUAGAGAUAGAGAAUUUUAUAACAACCCGCUAGCACAAAUAGUGUGA